AUGUUAUCACUCGCUGGAUGGCUUGUUAAGAAAUUGAGGGCGGGCAAAUGACGACAAGUAUAUUGAUUCAAAUGCUGUUGUUAACCUUGGCUCUGGUAUUCGCGUCAACCACUGCCUCCGUAAUACCCAUUCACAACACCUCCAAUUCUCCUCAUGUCUCUGCUUUACAUAGGCCUUCCAUGGACGGAAUGUUUUCUGUUGUCAGAAGACGUAUGCUUCUGGAAAAAGGCGAUGACAAUGUUUUGGAGAAGAGGGAUUUGGAAGCCUUACUCUCUUUCAGAAAUAGUAUUACAGCCGACCCUAUGCAGUCGCUUAUCAACUGGACAUCUACCAAUUCAGGAAACCUGUGCUCAUGGAAUGGUGUUGUGUGUAGAAAGCAUACCCAAAGAGUGGUGGCCAUCAUUCUCCCACAGCUGGGAUUGCAAGGUACCAUUUCUCCCUACAUAGGGAAUCUAUCUUUAUUAGGCAUUCUGAAUCUCUCAAGCAAUUCUUUGAUGGGGAAAAUUCCACCUCAGCUUGGCCAACUGAAAUCGUUGAGGUUACUCGACCUUAAAACAAAUCUGCUGAUGGGCUCCAUUCCCACAUCUCUUGCUAAUUGCACACACCUUGAGUGGAUAAGACUUUCUGUUAACAACUUGACCGGGAAUAUCCCUGCACAAUUCGGUGGUCUCGGCAGUUUAGAGUAUCUUCGCUUGUCCUACAAUGAUCUAAGUGGAAACAUUCCAGUUUCUCUGAGCAACUGCACGUCCCUUCUUGAUUUGGUACUUGGUGUUAACAAUCUCACAGGAAGCAUUCCACCCGAAUUGGGGAGGCUUGACAAAUUGCAGUAUAUUUCCGUGAACGAUAACAAGUUGAAAACCCAAAUCCCUGCAGCCCUUGGUAAUUGUUCCUCCUUGGAAGUAUUGUUUAUUGGGGGUUAUGCCCAGCUAUAUGGCAGUAUACCAGCUGAACUAGGAAAUUUGAAACAUCUUGGCCAAUUAUCACUGUAUGGCCCAGGAGGGAUCAUAGGCUCUAUACCUCCAGAAAUAGGAAACUGUACUAGUCUUGAGUGGCUUGAUGUGGGAUACCACCAUAUUACCGGACCAUUGCCCACAAGUAUUGCCAUGCUUCCUAUGUCCACCCUUGAUUUAAUAUUUAACAGUUUUAAUGGGACAAUUCCAGAAUUCAUCUUCAAUCUCACCCAAUUAAUUUUCUUAGAUCUUGGUAAAAACAGAUUCACGGGAACCCUUUCCGAUGGCUUCGGAAAUUUGAGAGAGCUAAAAUCUCUAAAUCUGGGUACAAACCUUUUACACGGCACCAUACCCCAAGUAAUAAUUAACCUGACCAAGCUUGAAAAACUUUCCUUGGACACUAACCAAUUGACAGGGUUAGUUCCCAAAGAUAUAGGAAGCCUCCAAAAAUUGAAACUCUUGCAAUUGUAUUCAAACAAUCUGACUGGCAUUAUUCCUGAGUCCGUGGGAGAUCUCCAAUAUUUAGAAACCUUGUAUCUUCAGUUUAACAAUUUGAUUGGUCCAAUACCUGACAGUAUUGGUAAACUCAAGAGUGUUAGGGAGCUGUUAAUCACGAGCAAUGAUAUAAACGGGAGUAUCCCAGAAAGUAUCAGUGGUUUGAUGUCAGUGCAGGUGUUAGAUUUUUCAGACAACAGCUUGGAUGGAAAGAUUCCUGAGGGUAUCACUCAAUGCACUGCACUCAACCGCCUGAUUUUGUCCCAGAAUAUGCUGACAGGAAAUAUUCCAUUCUCUAUGGGCAGCUGCCCCUUAAUGACAGAGCUGAUACUAUCCAGUAACUCUUUGUCCGGUGGAAUUCCCCGGACACUUACCAACUGCAAAUCUUUAAGGAAGAUAAAGCUGUCGAACAAUUCCUUGAAUGGAAGUUUCGAUAUCAAUUAUCCUCCUUCUCUGGAAGUGUUGUCAGCAAACACCAAUAACUUCUCCGGGACUCUGCCCGUAUCUUUGGCCAAAUGUACGAAGCUUCAGCUUUUGGAUUUCAGAAGGAACCAUUUGAGAGGUGCACUUCCUUUGUACCUGGCGAAUUUUCAGGAAUUGAGAGUUUUGAGCCUUGGGUAUAAUCAGCUUCAAGGUACUUUUCCAGCGUGGAUGGUAAGACUCACUAGUUUGCAGGUGUUGGAUUUAUCAAACAAUAAGUUUGAUGGUCAAAUACCAUCUAAUCUUGAGAAUCUCCAGGGAUUUGCGAAGCGCGGAGAUCCGCAAGUGUCUGGAAGCAGCCUAUAUGAAGAUAUACGCAUAGUAAUAAAAAAACAUGAGUACAGGCUGGAGUAUGUAUUGGCAGCGAACACCAUACUUGAUUUGUCAAGUAACAAUCUCAGCGGGCAGAUACCAGAAAGCAUAAAGAAUUUGAGCAGCCUGAGAUUACUAAAUCUCUCUGGGAACCAUUUCAGUGGUAAGAUACCAGCUUCUCUUGGACAUAUAUGGACUUUGGAGCAGUUGGAUUUGUCUCAAAAUAUGCUGGAAGGGCAAAUUCCUGAGGACCUCUCUCUAUUGUCCCUGUUGGCCUAUUUGGAUCUAUCUAAUAACACUCUUUGUGGACAGAUACCCAGAGGAACGCAGUUACAGACAUUCACUGCCAAGUAUUUCCAGAAAAAUAGAUGUUUAUGCGGGGGACCUCUACAGAGUUGCAGCCCAAACAAGACUUCUGUUGUGCCAUCCGCCUCGCCUUUAGCGAACAAUUUCAAAUCAAUAUGGACUGCAAUUGAUGAAAAUGUGUCCAUGGUUGCUAUGGGGUUGGGCUUCGGGAUUGCCUUUGCUGGAACAAUCUCAGUGAUAAUAUGGUGGAACACACUUUGGCUUUGCAUUAUGGCACUCAAAAGCAGAGGCUUUUAUGGAUUUGCGAAUUCCCAAACAUGUAGUUGGAGUUUGAGUUACAGCCCUCGUUUUACAUUUCACUCAUCUACAUCGACAGGCACAGCCACAGCUUAGUUGCAUCGUUUAUUCUUCAGUUUCAAGCUCUUUAGUUUUCAUUUCCGCCUUGGAGUUUUCAGCAGUUAAUUUUAUAUGCAGGCUAGUAUAAGGUAUAGGAAGUACUUUAUUCUCCUCGCCAAGCUGAAUAAUCAACGUACAGUAUGAUGAGUUGUGUUCACAAAUGAUAUAUUCUCCUGUCCUUAACAUAUUAAUUAAUGUGCAUAUGGAUUAGUUUUAA